GAUAUUGGCAUUCCAUCAUACCCGAGUCCCGCAGAAUCUCAUCAUAGCGCGGAUAGCAACUGGAGCAGCUCCUCGUCAUCCGGUCAUAGCCAACAUGAUGGAGUCCAAUCCUACACGUCUCAUUCGCAUCCGCAAUAUACUCCAUCGGUCUCCCGCCACUCAUCUUCUAACGAGCCACAGCACCUACAGCAGCACCCACAUUACCCCGCUUAUCAUGGCAUUCAUCGCAUGGGCCUCGAGCAUACCCGAUACCCAGAUCAACCACCUGCCAGUAACACCACCAUGCACUAUAGACCGCCUCAAUAUCAAUCGGACGCCAUUCUCGCUCCUGAGUUCUACCAAGAACAAAUCAAUCAGGAUCUUGCCAUACCCCAUUUAUCUACCGAACAGCCUUCGGCAUCUCACUCUAGUUCUCGUGGGUCACAGCAGACAUUUUCCAUUGUUCCUGUCGCCGGUGACAGGACUAGACACCUUCUCUUCGAAGACGCAGGACCUUAUCUUCGUGAAACGUUGAACAUCCCACCAUACACGGACGUCAACCUGUGGGCCCUUCCGGAUCCUCCUGAAGGGGAGAAACCCAAUCAGCCCUAUCCUGUACUCAUCAAGUUAGCGAUUUACGGAAGCCCGAACAAGCAACUGACUCUCCAAGAUAUAUACACAGCACUCGAGACACGCUUCAAAUGGUUCAAAGAUCGACGGGACGAGAAGGCCUGGAAGAACUCGAUUCGCCAUAACCUUUCCCUAAACAAAGUCUUCAAACUCGUGCCACGUGCCAUCACAGAGCCGGGGAAAGGGAGCUAUUGGCAACUCGACUGCUCUGACGGCGAGGGCUACAAGCGUACUCGUAAGCGCCGCAGCAAGUCUGCUCGAGCAGCGCUUGAACAGGGCGACGAUGGUAGUUUUUCUGAAGGCGAUGUGGAGACCAUGAGUGCCUCCGGCAUGUCAGCAACUUCGAGUCACAUUUCACAUCGUUUUAGUUCCGCAGCGUCCGACGACUCUUAUAUCGAUCCCGAGUUGCGACAAGGAAGUCAUAUUGUUGGCGAAGGUCGCGCCCGAUCUAGAUCGCGCAGGCCUGGUGCCACCAGUCCAUAUCCCGCCCCUGGACCUCCUCAUCAUUCGCCUCGGUACCAGCAGAGCCAAUUGCCACCUUAUGGAACUCAAGAUUCUGCACCGAGGUUCGGUCAGCCAUCAUUUGGGCAGGCAUCGCUCGGACGCCCAGGAUUCAGUCAGGCGCCACCCAGAGCGCCUGCACCUCCAGCACCUUUAUCCUCGGCAUUUGUGUCGUCAUCCGCCGCGACGUUCGGCCCCAUUCCAAUCACGUCCUCCCGUCCACAGCAUACCUUUGUGACCCACGAUCGCAAUGCGCCCAUUGUCCAGCCUACUCCCAGACCAGGCGUCGAGUUUAUCCACGAAGGUGGCUUGCCUAGUGCGAGACGCAUUCAAGGUUACCCCCAAGGACAGCCUCAGCCGUCUCAUGGGUCUUUGUCGUCGCAACAGAGUAACUCCGGGUACUCUUUUUCUGACCUUAAGGGCAAGGGCAGGACGAUGUGAGCGCCAGUGCCUCAGACCAACGACCCCGCAUUCCUGCAUGCUUCUGUGGGAGAUCGUCUAAGGUCUUCCAUGGAUAUCCUUCAUAUGCU